AUGAACCGACCACACACCGCGGCAAACCAGCAGCGUAUGAUGCUGUACACCGCCGGCGCAAUUGUGACCGCUGGCGUUCUUUGGUAUGGCACCAAGGGCUCGGAGUCCGUGAAAGCAGCUAGGAAUGACCAAGCAAAACCAGGGACACCGGACAAAAAGGUUGAUGAGAACCCAAAAGCUCAAUCUGGCCCGGAAACUCGCAAGUCCGCUGUGUGA